AUGGAGUCAACUCCAAAGUUGCAGUUGAAGCUGGUGAUCGACAAGAGCAAGCAGAGAGUGGUUUUUGCGGAAGCAGGAAAGGACUUUGUGGACUUCCUCUUCCAUGUCCACACCUUGCUGAUUGCGACUCUCACGCACAUACUUGCUGGAAAAGCUGACUCCGUGGACGGAUGUGUACUUCAUGAUGCCCGGCCACAAGCAGAACCUCUUGGAGCCCGGUUCCCCUACCGUGGUCCAAAGAUUGACCUCCCGUUUACUCUUUUGUUGCCUAGCGAUUCAUCAUCUUCAUCACGCAAAUCCCACUGCUACAUGUGCCCAACUAAGCAUUGUGCUUAUAAGUACGGUAUAAAGGUCACUGACGACACUUCUCUGACAUGUCCUGGAGUGGAUUUCAUUGAAGUGCCAGUCGGGGAGACUGGUUACGUGAAAGAGCUGGUGAAGUAUGUGGUGAUGGACGAUCUGGUGGUGAAGCCAAUGACUAUUGGCUCGUGCAUCGUCAUGUUGAAGGACAAGGCUGUGAUGAUUGAGGACAAGUUUGUUAAUUUUGGGGUGGACGAGGGAAAAUUGCUGCUGGAGGCAUCAUUACAGUCCAAGACAGUUCUAACCGAUGUCUUCCUUGGCAAGAAAAGCCGAAAUGAUGUUGCUACAAUCACUCCCAUGUUUUACAGAUCCUCGCUUCUCUGGAGCAAUGCAGUAAUAACUGAGGAAUUUGAACGCUGCCCUAUGAUUAUGUACUAA